AAAAAAAGUGUGUAGUUGUCUCCUCCCCGCCCAGCCCCAUCCUCGCCCAGGACCAGCUGUGCCGCUGGCUGGCCGCCUCAGGGACGCAGUCAGACCGCGGCUGCAGCCGAGUGAGAGGCGCUCUCCAUUUAGGCACCUUCAGCUUUCCGCUCAGCUCAGGGAGCCGCUUUGCAAAGUUGAGCAGCUCCAAGUGCACGCUUUGCUCUCGGCUUCUCCCUCCCCCCUAGUCGCCCCCGCCUCCCACGCUCCUUUCCAUUGGGAGCAGCUGGUCGCAGAGGGCUGGCGGCUUGCGCCCCUUUCCCGUACUCCGCCCUGACGAGCGACCAUGUGGUUAGGGGUCAUCCUCCUGGCAAUGAAAGCCCUGCAGCUUGCCGGUGCCUUGGACCUGCCCGCGGGAUCCUGCGCCUUUGAAGAAAACACCUGUGGCUUCGACUCUGUGUUUGCGUUCCAGCCGUGGAUUUUAAAUGAGGAAGGCCAUUACAUUUACGUGGAUGCCUCCUUUGCCAAGCCGGGAGAGAAAGCCCUGCUGCUAAGUCCUGACCUGCAGGCUGAGGAAUGGAGCUGCCUCCGCCUGGUCUACCAGAUAACCGUGUCUUCAGGGUCACCGUCAGAUCCCAGUCGGCUGAACCUCUACCUGAGAUAUGAGGAUGAAAGCUUCGACCGCUUGCUUUGGUCCACUAAUGAACCUUCAGACAGCUGGCUCAUAGCCAGCCUGGAUUUACAAAACAGUUCCAAGAUAUUCAAGAUUUUAAUUGAAGGUGUGCUGGGACAGGGAAACAAAGCCAGCAUCGCACUCUUUGAAAUCAAGAUGACGACCGGCUACUGUAUUGAAUGUGACUUUGAAGAAAAUCAUCUCUGUGGCUUCGUGAACCGCUGGAACCCCAACGUGAACUGGUUUGUCGGAGGAGGAACUAGUAGGAAUUCCCACUCCAUUCUCCCUCAGGAUCACACCCUCAAGAACGAGCUGGGCCACUACAUGUACGUGGACUCCGUUUACAUCAAGCACUUCCAGGAGGUGGCGCAGCUCAUCUCCCCGAUGACCACGGCCCCCAUGUCCGGCUGCCUGUCGUUUUAUUACCAGCUCCAACAGGACAAUGACAAUGUCUUCUCCCUUUAUACUCGGGAUGCGACCGGCCUUUAUGAGGAGAUCUGGAAAACCAGUGGUCCCGAGAAUCCUUCCUGGAACCUCGCUGAAGUGGAGUUCAAUGCCCCGUACGCCAUGGAGGUUAUUUUUGAAGUUGCUUUCAACGGUCCCAAAGGAGGAUAUGUUGCCUUGGAUGAUAUUUCUUUCUCUCCUGUUCACUGCCAAAACCAGACAGAGCUUCCUUUCAGUGCCUCAGAAGCAAGCUGCAAUUUUGAGGAAGAUCUCUGCAACUUUUACCGAGACAAAGGUCAAGUCUGGACCCGAGUAAAAGUAAAGCCAAACAUGUAUUGGGCUGGUGACCACACUUCCGGCUUAGGGUUUUACUUGCUGGCCAACACAAAGUUUACAUCUCAGCCUGGCUACAUUGGAAGGCUCUACGGUCCCACCCUGCCUGCAAACUUGCAGUAUUGCCUACGUUUUUAUUACUCCAUCUAUGGGUUUUUUAAAAUGAGUGACACCCUGGCUGUUUAUAUCUUUGAAGAGAACCACGUGGUUCAAGAGAAGAUCUGGUCCGUUAUGGAAUCCCCAAGGGGUGUUUGGAUGCAAGCAGAAAUAUCCUUUAAGAAGCCCAUGCCUACCAAGGUGGUUUUCAUGAGCCUUUGCAAAAGUUUCUGGGACUGUGGACUCAUAGGCCUGGAUGACAUUACAAUAGAAUUGGGAAGCUGCUGGUCUCCAGAGAAGCUUUCACCUCAACCUGGAGAGUGUACUUUUGAACAAGAUGAAUGUGCAUUUACUCAGGAGAGAAGAAACCGGAGCAGCUGGCAUAGAAGGAGGGGAGAAACUCCCACCUCCUACACAGGACCAAAGGGAGAUCACACUACUGGGGUAGGCUACUACAUGUACAUCGAGGCCUCCCACAUGGUGUACGGGCAGAAAGCACGCCUCUCAUCCGGGCCUCUGCGAGGAGUCACCGGGAAACACUGCCUGGCCUUCUUCUACCACAUGUAUGGAGCAGGGACUGGCCUGCUGAGUGUUUAUUUGAAAAAAGAAGGUGAGAGAGAAGAGUUCCUCUUAUGGAGAAGAAGAGGUGAACAGAGCAUUUCCUGGCUCCGAGCACAGGUUGAAUACAGCUGUGAGAGGCAACACCAGAUAAUUUUUGAAGCCAUUCGGGGAGUGUCGAUAAGAAGUGAUAUUGCCAUUGAUGAUAUUAAAUUUCAAGCAGGACCCUGUGCAGACGUGGAAGAUACAACUCAGCAAUCAUCAGGAUAUUCUGAAGAUUUAAAUGAGAUUGAGUAUUAGGAAAUGACCUGAAUUGGAUUAAUGAAACAAAAGCCAUACCUCUUCAAUCAAAAUGAAAAUAAAAUAAUUGAAUACUGGACAACCAUAACUAUUCCAUAAGUUAUGAAAUAACUUCAGAGCACUCUUCUUCAUUGCUUUUGCAAAAAAUACUGACUCAGGGCUUUUUUUUUUUUUUUUAAUGACAACUGUCUCUAGAAGUACAGGCUGCUGGUUUUGCAUAGAUUAUCUUAAUUUUGGUACUGUUUCCAAAUACACAUAUACCAUAUUGUAGUCAUCUUUCAAGUGCACAGAGAAAGGGCACCGUCAAAAUGAGAUGUGCUCACUUAAAUCUGCAUUCAGUGAAUGUAUAGGGAGGAGAAUAAGACUGUGGGUUUCAUUUUGAAUUUCAAAUAUCGUAAAUAUUUUUAAAGAAAUGUGGGGUGUCGGUAAUAUCUGCAAAAUGAAUGCAAUUUUUAUGGUAACAAGUUAGUCUAAGAAUAUGAAGUCUUACUUUCUGUUUUAUUCAUAGAAAUGGAGUAUUACUUUUGAAAUAUUUUUACAACAUGUGAUAACAAAGGCUCUUUCACGAAUGUCCCCGGGUAAGUCAGUAUUAGUUAAUGCUGCAUUAUGAGGCAAUGCUACCUUCUUUUUUCUGCCUUUGAACUCCUUUUGGGAGUCACUAUGAUCACAUGGAUAGAAAAUGCACUCCUUUGUUUUGUAAAGCAAGCUUGAAAAUAAUUAUGUGCACACACCCCAAAAUUUUGUAAACGUGUUAAACAAUUUUAUUGAUUUUUAUAACAAAUGUUUUGGUAAGGUUUUGAGGAAUACAAAUUCCAUCAGCUAUAAUUAACUACUGCUUUUGAUUUACACAUUAGAAAAUUGUAUAUACAUGUUUAUAUACCCAAAGAGCUGUUUUG